UUCGGUUUCGAGUCGAGUAUUUUCGUAUCGGUUUCGAGUCGGAUAUUUUUAUAUUGGUUCUGGUUCGGGUUUUCGGGUUAAGAUUAAAAUGCCCAGGCUUAUUUACUUCUAACAACUAUUCUGCCAGGUUUAUUAAAUUAUGUUCACUUAAGCAAUUAAGAAUUAUCAUAUCAAAUGAUAAAUCAUAUCUCACAUAUAUAAAUAGCUAAUAACUUACUUUUGGAAGCAUUAAACUAUACAAAAAGCUGAACUAGGGUAAGAAAAACAUGGUUUCAUCGAUCCCACAUCUUCUUCUUAUUCUUCUUCUCUUCACUGUACUUACUCAUAACUCUAGCUUUGAAGAUGAUUUCUCGAAUGAACAACAACCAAACGGUUUCUUCUUACCCUUCGAGUCCAAUCUCUACGUUGAGAUCACCAUAGGAAACCCAACGCGAAACUUCAACCUCAAGCUAGACUCAUCUACACAUCUCACAUUCCUCGAAUGCGACCCUUGCGAUGAUGAUGAACACCAAUGCUCCGUCUCCGACACAACCCGACGCUACGACGGAAAAUCCUCGACCACUUUCUCACCAAUCUCCUGCACCAACUCUUCUCUAUGUCCUCUCCUCUCCCCUAAUGCCACUACCCAUGAUAACACAACAACAACAUCCUCUCUGUCUCUUCUUUGCACUCCUUCCAACUCCUGUCGCUACGAUGUCUCUUCUUUCAGCGCUGGCUACCUCGUUUCCGACACCCUCCAGUUGACUUCUUCCAUCACCGACCAAGAAAACUCUCUCUCCAUAGUUCGUGGGUUUGUCUUUGGCUGCGGGACUAGCAAUCGUGUGACGCCGGAGGACGACGGUGGCGGCGUUGAUGGGAGAGUUAGUCUAACGACUCAUCAUUUCUCGCUUCUGUCUCAGCUCCGUGUCACCAGAUUUUCGCACUGUUUAUGGCCUUCCUCCGCCGGCUCGCGUAACUACAUUCGUCUAGGAUCAGCGGCUGAGUUCGGCGGCGAUAUGAUGUUGGUUCCGAUGUUAGAUACGACGGAGACGAACUCUUACUCGUAUCACAUUCCUCUCCUCGGGAUCAGCCUUGAGGAACAGAGAAUGAGAAGCAACGAGACUAGUACAAUAGCAGUAGACAUUGGCACGUACUAUACGCGUCUAGAGGCAUCACUCUACGAGAAGGUGAAGGAAGAGCUAAUGACGCAGAUUGGACCAACGGUUGCAUAUGAAGUGAACGAACUAAUGUGUUUCACAACCGAGGUUGGCUUAGAGAUAGAGUCAUUACCCAUAGUCACUUUACAUUUACAAGGGUUUAACUUCACGAUCUCAAACAAAGGACUUUAUCUCCGAGAUAGCCCUUCUUCUUUCUGCACGGCUUUGGUCAGAUCGACCACGGAGGAUGAGGAGAAGAAUGUGCUUGGAGCAUCAGGACUUGUUGAUUAUGUAGUUGGCUAUGACACUUCAGAUAGGGUGCUUGCCUUUCAACAAAGAGAUUGUUUGGCCGAUUUUGUAGAUGGUAUUUAGUAGUCUUAUUGAGUUUUAUUAGUCUCUUUAUAACAUAAAUAAUUGUUUCUCUUUAGACAUCAUCGUUACAAGACAUUGGUGAAUAAAAAAAAGAAGACAUUGGUGAUUACUUUA